GAAAACAAAAAAAGAAAAUAAAAUUCAGUUUCGCUUUGAUCCUUUCAAGAUUAUUGUUGCGAGAGAAAAAUUCGAAACCCGUGAACUUAGUGCUCUGCAAAUGCAACAACCUUGCUCUCUCUCUGUCUCUCUCUCGCCCGCCCGCCCGCUUUUUUCUGGACUUUAUUCACUGACACUCACUCACUCAUCACUCGGCGCUGAGCUAAUGAAGCUUCAGAUCUCUUGCUGAUUCGAUCCAGGAAGGCGAAGAAGAAGAAGGAGAAGGAUUGGAUCAAUGGAAUUCAGAAGAUGAAGUUCUACAUAUCGGCGAGCGGGAUCAAGAGAGUGACGAUAUCGAACGGCACCGCCGGCAAAGGCUUGCCCAAGACGGCAGCCUCAGCCGCCACCUCUGGUCGCCGGAUUUCCGCUAGGACAGUGCUGCCUGUGCUGCUGCUGCUGGCGAUCGUAUUGCCGUUCCUCUUUGUGAGAUUCGCGAUUUUGGUUCUGGAAUCCACUUCUGUAUGUUCCUCUUUAGAUAGCAUGGGAUGGAGAUUUUUCAGCGGAAGUGACGCAUCUCUGAAACUCAGAGAUGAGCUGACUAGAGCGCUUCUAGAGGCAAAGGAUGAUAAUGUUAAUAAGGAAGGAGCCGAGUCAUUCAACGAGCUUGUGAAUGAGAUGGUGUCUAAAGGACAAGACCUCAAGGCUUUUGCUUUCAAAACCAAAGCCAUGCUAUCACAGAUGGAUCACAAGGUCCAAUUAGCCAGGCAACAAGAAUCAAUUUUCUGGCACUUAGCUUCACACGGUGUUCCCAAAACCCUACACUGUCUUUCUCUCAAGUUAGCUGAAGAAUAUUCUGUAAAUGCCAUGGCACGAUCUCGUCUGCCUCCUCCUGAAUACGUGUCUCGCCUUGUUAGUGAAAGUUUUCAGCAUCUGGUUCUCAUAACUGAUAAUGUCCUUGCUGCUUCUGUUGUUGUGGCCUCCCUAAUUGAAAAUGUAGCCAACCCUGAAAAACUAGUCUUUCACAUCGUUACAGACAAGAAAACUUACACUCCAAUGCAUGCUUGGUUUGCCACAAAUUCUAUUGAACCAUCAGUUUUGGAGGUUAGGGGACUGCACCAAUGUGACUGGUCCGAAGAAGUGAACGCAAAUGUUAAAGAGAUUAUGCAAGUUAAUCACCAAAUUGGGAAGAGAUUCCACAAGAAGUUUAAAGAAAAAGAGAUUGGUCAUAGUUUGGAGCAAGGCAAAUUCUUGGCAGCUUUAAGGCCUAGCAGCUUUUCCCUGAUGAAUCAUCUUCGAAUGUAUAUCCCUGAGUUGUUUCCUAAUCUCAGCAAGAUAGUGUUGUUGGAUGAUGAUGUUGUCGUGCAACACGACAUCUCUUCAUUGUGGGAGCUAGAUCUUUAUGGCAAAGUCAGUGGUUCUGUAUUCAAGUCAUAUUGUGGAGAUGGAAACACCUGUUGCUCUGACAGUAAAUAUACAAACUACUUCAACUUUUCACAUCCCUUCAUAUCAUCCUACUUUGACCCUGAUCAGUGCGCUUGGCUCUAUGGCAUCAAUGUAUUUGAUCUUCAAGCUUGGCGGAGAACAAAUAUCACUCAGACUUACCUUCAAUGGUUGAAGCUUAACCUCAGGUCUGGGUUACAAUUAUGGAACCCAGGAGUGCUUCCACCAGCCUUGAUUGCCUUUGAGGGUCAUGUCCAUCCUAUAGAUUCAAAAUGGCUCGUCCCUGAUUUAGGUUAUCGCUAUCAAUCAGAAGAAAUCAACGUAGAGAAACUGCAAUCGGCUGCUGUUAUCCAUUUUAAUGGCCCUGCAAAGCCAUGGCUUGAAAUUGGAUUCCCACAAUUUCGUAGUUUCUGGAACAGAUAUGUAAAUUUGUCAGAUAAAUUUAUUCGCAGAUGUAGAAUCACUUGGUGAAGGGGCUAAGUUCUUUCACUGUUGCUAUUCAUUUGAGACUAAGUUCACUUUGAUCCAGAAAAGAAAAAUCACCUAUUUGAGUUUCGCCAUCAAUUUUCAGCAGCAAAACUCAAAUUGGAGAUAAUUUUCAAGGACCAAGAUGUGAAUAUAGUUAUUCAAGAGACUGAGCAAGAUAUACUGAUGGAUCAGAGGGAAAAGGUUUGGUCCUUCAGUCUCUGACUUAUACGUCCAACACGGAAUGAUGUAAGUUAUUUUAUGUUCAUAUAUAGCAAUUUGGUGAAGCCACAAUGCAGUUGCUAAAAUUAGAAGCACAAUAAUAGUCGCAGACGAGACAGAUAUGAAUGAGCUCUUAGUGAUCCUAGUAUUCUGAUUUCUGUAAGUUACAUGAUGGAAAUGCUUAUCUACAUUUUUAUUGUAUAGCAUUCUUUAGUUUUCUCCGAAA